AUGGUGUCUUCUUGGUCGAUUCGAUUGCUUGUCGCUAAUCUAGCGAUCACUGGCGGAAUUGCAGGGGGUUGGCGUGACGGGAAGUUCAAGACGCUGGUGACAUUUGGUGACAGCUACACGGAUGAGAAUCGACUUGGAUACUUCAUCAACAACAAUGGUUCUGCGCCUCCUGUGGCAUGGCAGCAGCCGGUGGGUCUAGCCACUGCUUCAGGUGGCCUUUCUUGGGCUCGUUACGCUAGCAUCUACUCUAAGACAAAUCUCUACAACUAUGCCGUCUCAGGAGCUGUGUGCUCUAACGAAAUAACACCACGCUACUUCUCUGCCAUAAAUGCACCCUUCCCGGACAUUGCUGGGUACGAACUCCCUGCGUUCAUCGCAGAUUCCAAAGCUAGCAACGCGAAUGGUACAAAGUUCUUCACUGGAAAAGCCUCCAGCACUGUGUAUGCCAUUUGGAUUGGAACAAAUGAUCUUGGAAACGGCGCAUUCUUGACGGACAGUCAAGUCCCCGGCAAGACCGUCGCAGACUACAUGGAUUGUGUCUACGACCAAAUCACACGCCUCUACGAGAACGGAGGCCGCAACUUUGUCAUCAUGAACCUUGCUCCACUCGAGCUCCUCCCUCAGUACCAGCAGCCUCAAGACGGUGGUCUACAAGCAACACAAUACUAUCCCGAUGUCCCUGGCAAGAACCUCACCGAAGUUCAUGGCCGCAUGCAGAACACUGUUGCGGCACUCAAUCAAGUCUACAAGUACCGCACACCCUUUGAAGCUGAAAUCGACGAACUCUGGGAAGAUGCGAAUGUCGCUAGUUUCGACGUGAACGCACUUAUGACGGAUAUAUACAACAACCCUGCGAGCUAUCUGAACGGGACGGGGGCGCCGCUUAAUGUUGAGGGUGUGGAGCAUUUGUGCGAUGCGCAGGGAAGUAAUUGUACGAGUACGGAUAGCCCGGAUAGCUUCAUGUGGUAUGAUCCUUUACAUCCCAGUGAACAAACGAGCCGGAUUGUGGCGAGGGAAUUUGUGGGGGUGCUUGGAGGAAAGAGUAAGUGGGCUAGUUACUGGGGCUGUUAG